CACAGUACUGGCACGGUACUCCGGACGCUCCGGACUACCGGGUCGCUCGAACAUCGCACCGUUCUUCAUCGGUGUCGGCCGGAUAUCGAUAGCCGUGUUUACGCGACGACGCAUCGGCGACCAUUGUGCGAUUCGUGUUCGGGAUCGAUUUCGAUCGGGUACAACCUGGAUCGUGGCUCGGCGACGUAUACGCGUAAACCACGGUGUCUAGCCCGAUAAUGCUCGUCGCCGGUUCGGCCGGCGUUAAAGCGAUGAAAACGCUACGCCGCUGACCGUCCCGUGUCUCUCUGAGCUCCGCUAAUGAUCCGACGGUUUAAUCGUUCCCGUUGAAUCGUCCACGGGUGGAACCGGGUCUUCGUUGUUGGGUCACGUAGCACGAGAACAAGCCAUCCUGGAUCAGCACCGCAACGCCUGCAGGCGAAGCUACGGCAAUGAUACACGAUGUCAUCCGCUGAAGCGUCCCAGGGUCUGCUCCCGUUCAGAUUCCAGACCUGAGCUCUAACAUACGAGAAAGUUAAUGUUUGAAGAGAAGCUCCUUCGCGAAAUGGAAAGUGGGCAAGGUUGCGGAAGACGAGCGAGCACGUCAACCGAGGACACCUGUGUUCGAAAUUUAAUAAACAGGCAUUAACUGACGUCGUCUCGGGGAGUCGUAACCACGUUCGCCGCGAAUACAAGAUUCAUAUCUGUGCAUCUGCUCGUAGCGGUGGACCAUGGUACAUUAUUUAAGAAGAUGAUGACCGACGGAUAUUAAAGAGCCUAUCAGGACAGAGAAUAUAUCUCCUGCGUCAUGGAGAAACACGUAAACCAAGCUGGGAACUCGUCCACGGAUGGGCUUGCGUUCACAGAUGCCUCGAUCAUCCUCAGGGCUCUGGUCCUCGGUCUCUUAAUACUCAUCACCGUUGUGGGGAAUCUGUUUGUGAUAGCAGCGAUUCUGCACGAGCGAAAUCUGCAGUCAGUGGCGAAUUAUUUGAUUGUCAGUUUAGCCGUCGCAGAUCUAAUGGUGGCCUGUCUGGUUAUGCCUCUGGGAGCAGUAUACGAGAUAAAUUCAGGAUGGUCACUGGGACCGGAGCUGUGCGACAUGUGGACCAGCAGCGAUGUUCUCUGCUGCACUGCCUCGAUAUUGCAUCUGGUGGCUAUCGCGGUCGACAGAUAUUGGGCAGUCACCGAUCUCAAUUAUAUACAGGCGAGGAAUCCGCGGCGGAUCGGUAUCUUGAUCGUGACCGUCUGGGUGGUAUCUUUAGGAAUCUCACUGGCACCUCAACUUGGCUGGAAAGAUCCUGAUUAUUUGGGCCGCAUAGCAAAUGGAACUUGUUUAGUGUCGCAGGAUCCUGCAUACCAGAUCUUCGCCACCUGCGCCACAUUCUACGUACCCUUGCUGGUCAUUCUAUUCCUGUACUGGAGGAUAUUUCAGGCGGCGCGAAAGCGAAUCAGGAAGAGGCCGGGGACUAUCGUGCAACCACCUCGCGAAAGGAGAGGCAUUCUUAGACUCGUCACAAGAAGACCGAGAGAGGAGUCGACAGCGUUCACCAUAACGAGAUCCACGCCGGAUCAUUCAUCAAUAUCGCCGGAGAAGUCGUCGUCGUAUAACGGGGCGAAUGCGACGCAAUCGACCACCGUCACGCCGACGGCGGUGUCGACGACGACGACGACUACCACGACCACCAUUACGAACCCUUCCAGCAGCCACUCGACCUCGUCCAGUAAGAGGACACGCGAGACGAUCGAGUCGAAGCGCGAGAAAAAGGCAGCGAAAACGCUCGCAAUAAUAACCGGCGCGUUUGUCGCUUGUUGGUUGCCUUUCUUUCUGGUAGCGUUACUUCGUGCUACGUGCGAAGUCUGCGAGCCACCGGAAUUGAUAGCAAACAUCUUCCUGUGGCUGGGCUACUUCAACAGCACCCUGAACCCUGUGAUAUACACUGUAUUCUCACCAGAGUUCAGGCAAGCCUUCAAGAGGAUGCUUUGCGGUGGUUCUAGGAUAAUUCGCUGACAGUGGAUUUA